UUGACUCGUUCGAGCAUUUGUUUUUUUUUUAAGGUCCAAGUUGGGAUUUUUAUAAUUUUGGGUUUGGGGUCACUCAAGCCAAAGCCAGGGUUAACCAGACAGAGAGAGAGAGAGAGAGGAGUGUGUGUGCCCUUUUGACCCCAUAAGCAAAAACUUCAGAUCUGGAAAAAAAAAAAAAAGGGUUUUGCUUGGGAUUCUCCGGCGUCGUUUAAUGAUCUGGUCCCUCUUUGGUUUUUUAAUCUCUUUCUCUGUUUUUUGAUUAUCAAGAAAUUGUAUGCCACGCUCCUCUUCCUUCCACAUGUUUCUUCUCUCAUCCUUCCUUCUACUCAAUCUCCUGGAUUAACUACGAAAUCUGGUUUCAAGACGGGUUGGUAGGAUUGCUUUCCUUUUUGAUUUUCAGAUAUAAAGGAGAUUCUGUCUAUUUUACCGUCUACAUUUUCAGUUUCUGAGUUCUACACUACCGUUCUAGUGCUGUUAUGGACAUGAAUGCUGCGCAGAAUCAUUUCAACAAACGUGCUCGAUUGUUUGAAGACCCUAACAACAGAGAUGCUAGGGUCAUGUAUCCAUCGAACCCUACUUCUGCUGAACAGAUGAAUAGAGGUUAUGGUGGUUCUGCAGCCAUCCAAAGCUUUUUCAAAGAUUCUAAACCUGAAGAAACACCGCCAAAAGUUCUUAAGAAGAGAGGAAGGAAGAAGAAGAAUCCUAACCCUGAGGACAUAAACUCUUCAACUCCUGGUGGAGAUGACUCUGAGAACCGUUCAAAGUUCUACGAGAGUGCUUCUGCUAGAAAGAGAACUGUAACUGCAGAGGAAAGAGAGAGAGCCGUCAAUGCAGCCAAAACAUUUGAACCAGCCAAUCCUUUCUUUAGAGUUGUUCUGCGACCAUCAUAUCUAUACAGAGGCUGCAUCAUGUACUUGCCUUCUGGAUUUGCUGAGAAGUACCUAAGCGGCAUAUCUGGUUUCAUCAAGCUCCAGCUCGGUGAGAAACAAUGGCCAGUGAGGUGCCUUUACAAAGCAGGGAGAGCUAAGUUUAGCCAAGGAUGGUAUGAGUUCACGCUCGAGAACAAUAUAGGCGAAGGAGAUGUAUGCGUGUUUGAGCUACUCAGAACUCGGGAUUUCAUUCUGAAAGUCACUGCCUUUCGCGUCAAUGAGUACAUGUGACCAAAAAAGAUUUCGCUUUCAUAAGUGAUCUUGCAGGUAGCUUUCCAAAGUCAAAUUUCAUGUAGGGUCUCUUAACCAUCCUCUCUCUUGCAUUGGUUCUCUCUGUUUUAGUAGUGUUGUGAGUGAAACUUCAGGUUCCUAUGUUUCAAUGUGGAUAAGUAUUUGACGAUUAUAAUAACCUCGAGUGAAAACUCUUUGUUUGAUUGGUAGUUAGGUUCAAAAGUAGAGUUGUAUAUACUUUAUCUUCAUAAGGAGAAUUAUGUUGAUGUGAAAUGUUGAUUA